GUCAUUAGCUUAGUUACUCAUCCAUCUCUGAAAAUCGUUUUAUUUUUUUCUCUCUAGUUUACUCUUCAAAUUAUGGAAGGCAGUGAAAUUGAAGAAUUCAUAGAAAUCGCCGAUGAUUUCGACAAAACCCUAAGACUAACUGUAGAAUCAUCAUCAGAAGACGAAGAUGAAGAAAUUGAAAACAGAGUUGAUGAGAACGAAGAAUUCGAAUUUUGUUUCAUCGGAGGAGAUUUAAAUUCACCAGUAUCGGCUGAAGAAUUAUUCAAAGACGGUCAAAUCCGAGUAAUAGCACCGUAUUCCAACGAAAUUCCAGAUAAAGAAGCAGAUUCAUCGUACGAACCGCCGGUGAAGAAAUUAUUCAUAGUUUCACCAACAUCUUCAGGAAACGACGACGUUGCUAAAGGACCGUACUGCACCUGGAAAUCACCAGAAAUGAGUCGAAAAAGCAAUUCAACGGGGUUUUCGAAGUUAUGGAAGGUGAGAGAUUUGAUUGCGAGGAGUAAUAGCGAUGGAAAAGAUGCGUUUGUGUUUUUGACAGGGAAAAAUAACGAAACGACAUCGUUGAAGAAGAAGAGUGAAACGACGGCGUUUCAAGGAGAGAGAAAAGAGAAGAUGAAGAAGAAAUCGGCGUAUGAAGUUUUGUAUGGAGAAAAGAACGAUAAAAGGAGACUGGAUGGGAAAUCUUAUUUGCCAUAUAGGAAAGAUUUGGUGGGUUUCUUUACGAACGGUAAUAGUGGUUUGAGUAGGAACGUUCAUCCUUAUUAAUUUUAUUUACAUUAUUUUGUAAAUUUAAAUUAUAAUUGAGGACAUUUUGUUGUAAAGAGAAAAAAAAAAUAGAGUGAAGAUUAUGAAAAAUGAAUUUGUUGUAAUUUUGUAAUUGAUUGGUUGUACUAAAAAUAAUAGAGAUAAUAUAUAUGUAAAUAUUUUAUUUGAUGAUUGUAAUUAUUUUUAUAUCCCUU